UUGCAGAUAUAAACCCAGUGAGGAAACUUUGCUACAGAUUGAUCGAUUUUGUGUAAGCAUAAUUGCUGAGUGCGAUGCGAGCAUUAACCGUAAAGUGGCUCCGUGGACACGUUCUUUGAGUCAACAAUCUGGGAUGCCAACACCCUCUACAAGUGUAUCUCCUUUUCCCGUGUCAAGUUUUGCAUCUGGAGCACUUGUGAAAUCCUUAAAUUAUGUUCGUUCUCUAGUGGCUCAGUACAUACCAAAGCGGUCAUUUCAAUCAGCAGUUUUUGCUGGAGCCCCUCCUGCAUCAAGGCAAUCACUUCCAACAUUGUCUUCUAUAUUAAGCAGAUCAUUCAAUUCACAAUUUAGCCCUGUAAAUAGCAAGGAUGCUCUGGAGAGCAAAGAGACAUCUAUUACAUCUGUUUCAGACUCUCCAGUUGCUGAAGAAGAUGAUGAAAAGGAAGAUCAUGAGUUCAUAGCUCUUGAUGUUUUCAGAUGGCGCUGGUUUGGAGACCAGAAAUUGUCAACUAUCUUGCCUAAAAGCGAGCACAUUCUGAAUCCCCAAGAUCUACGCACUCAUAAUUUCCUAGAAGUAGGUGCAGCAGCUCUUCUUGUAGGGGAUAUGGACCCCAAAAUGAAGGGUGAAGCUUGUAAACUUUUUGGGAGUGCAGAUAUGCCUUAUCUUGAUCAGCUACUGCAGCCAUCAUUGCUCACAACCGUUACCAAAUCUGCGUCCGCUCGUGCUCAUUUAAGAGCAAUAACAGCACUGAAACGGUCUAAACCAGGGCCCAAUCAAAUUUGGGAAGAUUCUCCUUUGAGCAACUUUCGUCCCCGCGUGAAACCACUGUUCCAAUAUCGUCAUUAUAGUGAGCAACAACCCUUGCGAUUGAAUGCUGAGGAGAUAUGUGAGGUUAUCGCAGCAGUGUGCACAGAAACUCCUUCGACAAAUUCUAAUCUCACAACAAUCUCGUCUAAGUUAAGCAACAAUGGAAGGCCAUCUCUUGACGUGGCUGUGAGCGUUCUUGUCAAACUUAUAAUUGACAUGUACGUUUUGGAUUCUGUGACUGCUGCUCCUCUAACUUUAUCGAUACUCGAGGAUAUGCUAAAUUCUCCAAAAGUGAUGUCAAGGGCUCAAGCUUUUGAUUUAAUUUUGAACCUCGGAGUUCACGCACAUUUAUUGGAGCCUCCAGCACCUGAUGACACCUCUGGAAUUGAAGAAGAGUAUUUGCACGAACCAUAUUUCGAAAAUGAAACUCAACUUUCUUCGCAAGGAAAGAGAAUAUUAGACAAUUUUAAGAAAAUGGGGAAUUCUUCAGCUAUUGAUAAGUUUGAGAAUUGGAUUCUGGGCAUUCUCUAUGAGGUUCUUCUUCAUCUUGUUCAGAUUGAAGAGAAGGAAGAAUCUGUCUGGGCUUCAGGUUUAAGUUGUUUACUCUAUUUUGUUUGUGAUAGAGGGAACAUUCGAAGAAGCAGAUUACAAGGUCUUGAUAUUAGAGUUAUUAAGGUACUCAUACGGGUUAGUAGAAGAAACUCUUGGGCAGAAAUCGUUCAUUGCAAGCUUAUUUGCAUGAUGACAAACAUGUUUUAUCAAGUUCCUGAAGGGCCUGAUAAAGUUGUUUCAGCUACUCCAAUCUUUCUUGUUCAGCAGUUUGAUCUGAUUGGAGGGAAUGAGUUUAUAUUUGAAGAGUUGGUGCUUUCAAACUCAAGAGAAGAACGGAGAAAUCUGUAUCUGGUUCUUUUUGAUUAUUUAUUGCAUAAGAUAAAUGAGACAUGUAUAGCUUCUGGAGUGUCCGAGUACAGUGAUGAUGAGGUUCAACCUAUUGCUACCUUACUCAUGCUUGCAGAUGCACCUGAAGCUCUGCAUUUAUCUGUCAAGUUAGGAGUUGAAGGCAUGGCGGAGCUAUUGAAAAGAUCAAUCUCUACAGCAUUGUCCAGAUAUCCUAAUAAUGAUCGGCUUAUUACACUUUUGCAGAGUAUGGUAGAGAAGUUUGAUAUGCUCAUGAGAUCAUUUACUUGUCUAGACACAGAAUUUACCCAAAUGGUUCAAAUGACCAAAUCAUUCAAGUCUUUAGAAAGCAUUGAUGAAGUUCACAUAAACAGUGUUGGCAUUAAAGCAAAGCUCUCUUGGGCUACUUUACAUUCUCUUCUUCAUUCUGAACGAUCUGCUUAUCGGCACAAUGGUUAUCUCUGGUUAGUAGAUUUGCUCAUUGCAGAAAUAAGUGAUGAAGGGGACGAGAGCCUGUGGUUGAGCAUACAAACCUUGGAGCAAAAAAUAAAAAUUGCUGGUGUUAAUGAUUAUUCAGCUUCUUUAGGUGUUCCUUUACCCAUUUGGCUUAUGUGUGGGCUUCUAAAGUCAAGAAACAAUCUUGUCAGAUGGGGUUUUCUACUUGUUCUAGAGAGGCUGCUCAUGCGAUGCAAAUUUCUGUUAGAUGAGAGUGAAGUUCAACAUGUUAUCAGAAGUGAAGCUUCAGGCCACAUGCACGCCAAGAAUCGUCUUGAAAAAGCAAAUGCUGUGAUAAACAUUAUGAGUAAUGCCUUAUCCUUGAUGGCCCAAAGAAACGAGACUGAUCGUAUGAAUAUUUUGAAGAUGUGUGAUAUUCUAUUUUCACAAUUGUGCUUGAAAGUAGUCCCUACAACCGCGAUGCUGUUCGGAGAGACACAGAUUCAUGAUUCUAGUAGCUCAGAACGGAAUAAAGCAGGGGCGGAAUCUCUCUCUCAAAAAGAGAAUCUUGGCCGGGAAGAAUCCAUGGGGGAUUCUGACAGCAAGAUUGGCAAAAGUUUUAAUCCUAAAAUCUGUGGUACUGCAUCGAUGGCAGCACUGCUGCUUAAUGGACAAGCAAUUGUACCAAUGCAAUUAGUUGCACGCAUUCCUGCUGCUUUAUUUUACUGGCCUCUCAUCCAACUUGCUGGAGCUGCAACAGACAAUAUUGCAUUGGGUGUCUCUGUUGGUAGCAAAGGAAGAGGGAAUAUACCAGGUGCCACGUCAGAUAUACGGGCUACCCUUCUCUUACUUCUAAUUGGUAAAUGUACAGCAGACCCUGCUGCUUUUUCAGAUGUUGGCGGUGAACAGUUCUUCAGGGAGUUGUUGGAUGAUACAGACGCAAGAGUGGCAUACUACUCUUCUACCUUUCUUUUGAAGAGAAUGAUGACAGAGGAACCAGAAAAUUACCAACGGAUGCUUCAUAGUCUUGUUUCAAGAGCUCAGCAGGUGCAUUCUUAUUUGAUAUUUCAUCUGAAGAAUACGUGGCAUUUCUUGAAAACUAUUGUUACUUAGGAACAUAGUUUAAAGAGGCGUGAUUGGAGCCCGCCUCAGUCUGAGGCUUGAAUAUUUAAGGGGGAGAAUGAGGUUUAUGCCU